AUGAGAUUCUUCAUCAUCCUUCUCUUGGCUCUUUUGGCUGUCACUGUUCUUGGUAAGUCGACAUUACAGUAAUAUGAAGCAUUUUUUUAUUCAACCAAGGUUUUUUGAGUAAGAUAUUUACUAUUUUAACCAUAAAAAUCUGUAGGAGCUGCCCACCACGGUAAGAAGCCAGUCCACAAAAAGCCAGCGCAUCAUCCUUUAGCCCAUAAAGGUCCAGCUCACAAAACCCCAGCCAAAGCCGGUACCAAAGCUCCAUCUGGAACUGGUGCCACUUCAGCUGCCAAGACUACUGGUGCUGCUGCGGCCGCUACUACCGCCAAGGCUGCUUAA